CUUUACAGCCUUCGAGAAGAGCUUAGAAACAGGAAGAUAUUGUGUUGAAGAGAGAGAGAGAGAGAGAGAGAGAAUGGAGAGGAACAGAGAGGUGCCCAUGAAAGAGAACUCAAUGGUGGACGCACAAAGGAAGAAGAAAACAAGAAGCCGCCGCAAUGGGGACACAGUUGAACAAGUUCUAGCCAAAUGGCAACAACUCAACAGAAAUCAAGAACCCCAAAACCCCGAGAACUCCCCUCGAAAACCCCCUGCAAAGGGAUCAAGAAAGGGCUGCAUGCAAGGAAAAGGAGGCCCAGAGAAUUCGGAGUACAAAUUCCGGGGAGUUCGGCAACGAACCUGGGGGAAAUGGGUCGCUGAGAUCCGAGAGCCUAAUCGUGGGUCUCGCCUCUGGCUGGGGACUUUCGACACCGCUUUAGAAGCCGCUGUUGCUUACGAUGCUGCUGCAAGAACAUUGUACGGGUCUAAUGCACGUGUCAAUCUCCCAGAACCAGAAGCAGAUGCCUCUCCUGAAUCUUACGAGUCUGCCACUAGUUCUCAUGACCUAAACUCCGUUCAGGAGACCAAGGUUCCUAAAGUUGAAGCAACAGAUGAUUUGACAGCUGAAGAUUCUGGUUUUGGCACCGCUAUACUCAAGGACAAGCCUAAGGAAGAAGAGUGGCACUUUGAUCAAAUUCAAGAUUUGCCAGAGGAUAUGUUUAAUGUCGAUGAAUGGUUACGAGACAUGGAUAUGGAUCCAUCGCGUGGUACCUCGAGCGAGCAGGACAAGUACGCAUUCACGCAGGGCCACUUUGGGACGAUUGAUGCGUUACAACAAGACGGAAGGUUUGAUGCCGAUACCUAUUGGCACUAUGAUGGCGCUGGCGCUUCGUUGCUGUUACAGAAUCAGGAUGAAGACUUAACGAGAAACUUUUGGCAUAUGGAUUGAAAUUGAUUGAGGCAAUGGUCCUGACUUAUCCUAACAAUUCUGACUAUCCUAACAAUACAAAUUUUGGAACCUGUCGGUUUUGAUGAUCAAGGAAUUCCCGGGAUGGAAGUCGAUGGUGUGGGCAUUUUCGCGAGGGUUUCUGAAGGAUGCCGGGUUAUGAUUGUGUUUGUGUUUUCGCUAGUUCUCCCUAGAUUUUUGGUUGGAAAGGGAAUUAAGUUUUUUGUAUGAUUAGAAUGUUUGUUUAUUUUUUUUGGUAUGGGGGGAUGUUUUGAUACUAGGAAGGCUAGAGAGAAACAUGUAUAUACAAUGCUGAACUGAAGUCGCUAGUUUAGGUUUAUAUAAUAUAAUGAAUGAUACAUAUUUUGGU